AUGCCUACUGAGGAUAGCCAGGGGACUCAGCACCAUAUCCCCCAUGGGGGUACCUCCCAGAGAAGACCUUCAGCAGAUGCCAAUCUCCAGGCAGAACUGGAGAGCCUCCGCGCCAGUGUCACCAAGAUGUCUGAGAAAUAUGACAAUCUUCAUGCUAAGAACGUCGAGCUCGAGCAUGACUACCGCACACUGAAGCGUAACUGGGAGAUGAAUCAGACCCAAGGCUCCCAACACGGCCCUACCCAGGUACCUGAGCGUACACAGCCAAACCAGCCGGAGCACUCCCACCACAAUGUCCCAACCCAGCCUAAGCCCAGCAAGGGUAAAGGCCCCCUCUAUCCGGAAACGACCAAGUCGCGGCUUCUCCGCAUCUCCCCACCAGGAACCGGCCCUCAUGAACCAACAAAGGUCUACAGGGAUUGCAGGGACCGUAUCCUGGACCGUCAAACGGAACCCCCAUCUUAUCUCUGUUAA